UUAUUGAAAGGGGAAGGCAGAUGGGAAUGAACAGUGUGAGAAAAAGACGAGAGUGAUGACGGCUGAUCAAAAAACAUUGUGUCAAAAAAUAAUAUUGAACCAAUUGGAUUUGGGUUCUCUUCCCACCAAAUACGAAUUCUCUAAAAUCCCAUUUCGCCUUCGUUUUCUUUUUGCAACUUGCUUCGCUUGCAGUUACAUUCUCUGUAGACUGGGUCUUCUUUGGUCCUAUUUAGCCUUGACCCAGUUGGAAAUCAACCAUUACAAGCAAGAAAAUCCGUCGUCGAUCAUUGUUCUUCAUCAAGGCUCGCCAGAGGAGUUUAUAUCUUUCCUGGGUUUUGCUUAAUUUCAUCUACUUCGUUCGGUUUCGCCCCUUUUUCUGAAGUUUUGUUGCUGAUCAGUUAGCCUUUAGUUAUCAUUGUGCAAGAUGUUUUCUCUGAUUGAAUAUAUUAAGAGGUUAAAGGAUGAGUCAACGAGCUGAUCUAGUUAUCAUUGGCAUCUCUGUUGGUUUGGCACUUGGUAUUUUGAUUGCUCUCCUGGUAUUUUAUGUCAUAAGAUGGUAUAGAAAGAAUGUGUAUCUUCGACGAUGUACAAAUGACCGUAGUCUAGGAACUAUUCAGAUUCAAACAAAUGGAUUGGAUGCAAGUACUGAACUUAGUGCAUCUCUUUCUGGUUCCAUUGAUUUUCGGGGCUCUGAAAAGCUCCAUAAAGAUUCUUGGUCCCUUUGGAGGAAUCAUCACCACAAAGAUAUAGUUGCUUCUGCAUCCGGUGUUCUGAAGUACCCUUACAAGGAUAUUCAGAAGGCUACAGAGAACUUCACUACUCUUUUGGGACAAGGAUCUUAUGGUCCAGUAUAUAAAGCAAAGAUGCCCAAUGGAGCAGUUCUAGCUGUUAAGGUGCUCGCUUCGGAUUCCAAACAGGGUGAAAAAGAGUUUCAGACAGAGGUAAGUCUACUAGGAAGAUUGCAUCAUCGUAAUCUAGUGAAUUUGUUGGGAUACUGCAUUGAUAAAGGAAGCCACAUGCUAAUUUAUGAGUUCAUGAGUAAUGGAAGUUUGGACAACCUUCUUUACAAUUCAGAAAAUCGUGUCUUGAGUUGGGAUGAGAGGAUUCAGAUUGCUCUUGAUAUCUCUCAUGGAGUCGAGUACCUUCACGAAGGGGCUGUUCCUCCCGUCAUACAUCGUGAUUUGAAGUCUGCCAAUAUAUUGUUAGAUCAUACGUUGGGAGCUAAGGUUGCUGAUUUUGGUCUAUCAAAGGAAGAGGUUUUUGAUGGCCGGAAUUCGGGAUUGAAAGGUACAUACGGCUACAUAGACCCGGUAUACAUGGCUACAAAUAAGUUUACGAUGAAGAGCGACAUCUAUAGUUUUGGCAUAAUCAUUUUUGAACUAAUCACUGCCAUCCAUCCACACCAGAAUUUAGUGGACUAUAUUAAUCUUGCUGGAAUGAGCGUGGAUGGGAUCGAUGAAAUAAUUGACAAGCAACUAGCUGGAGAAUACAGUCUUGAAGAAGCAAGGAAGCUAGCUGACAUCGGUCAUAGAUGCUUGCAUAACGUACCGAGAAAACGUCCUCUAAUCAGCGAAGUUUCACAGGCGAUAUUGAAGAUAAAGCAGAGACGACUUGGGAAGGCUAGUAACAUGUCUCUUGCUAGCAUGGAUCUUUCAAGUGCAGUGAGUAGAAUUGAGGAACAACAAGUGGAAUUGAGUAGAAUUGCUAGCGUAGUGUGAAUCAAAUGAUUUUAAAUGCUUCCCCAUUGGGAAAUUUUAAAUGCUUUCCUUUUUGGCCUUCCCCAAUCCGGAAGGAAAAGAAAAAAACUUUGUAUCCAUGCUCUCUUGUCCAUUUCCCCAAGGAAUUGAGCCUCGAAUUGACUCCGUGAUAUUAGCAGGUGCUUCGUUUGGUUUGAGGUUCAAUUCAGUGCUUCGUUUGGUUUGAGGUUCAAUCCUCCAACUUUUACACUAAGAAACGUUGGAGGUUCAAUCCUCCAAAUUUUACACUAAAAAA